GCGGGAUUGAUAAUGCAGCUUUCUCAUAUUUCGCUCGAUACAAGAGAAAUAUCCUGUGGGCUUCUGCGUUUGACGUCAUGAGGAAGAUUUCGGCAGCCAUUUGUCUCCUGGUCUUCGUGGCAUUUACGGCGGACGCCCACACAAUUCCCGAGGAAGAGUCUUCCGUUGACGCAACGCUCGACAGGGCGGCCGAAUCUGCCGCUCACGAUGCUGUUCAUGUGGGUGAGAUCCUGCAGGAAGUGGCCCAGACCUUAGCUGCGGAUGAAAAAAUUAAUUCUGAGAGUGAUGAGUACUUUCUUCGUGCUCUGUGGGGGAAAACAAAGGAGGCUUUGAAGAAUGCCACUCUAAAUGUGAAACAAGGCAUAAAAGGUGCCUACAAAGAGGCCAAAGGCCACAUCAAGAAAGCGGCUAAGGACACCAAGAAGAAGCUGCAACACACAGUAGCCGAGGUCAUAUCCGUGUUGGUAACCAGGACUAUGAGUGGCUAUGCCCUGGAAGAUUCUGAAACUCGUGGAAACUUUAUCAAGAUGUUUAUCGAUGUCAUCACGCGAACCGCCCAGCGAUUUAUGAAGAUGGGCAAGGCUUUGGAAAGCAUUCAUUUGUGAGGAAAAUAAAUAAGGUCAAAUGCGUAACUCA